AUGGAAAAUACAUUUGUGAUCAAUAGUGUUUCCAUAUUGUAUCAAAGCAAAAUCCAAUCAGAGAGACCAGACUCACCUGUACCCAGCUGUGUGUCCUUGAAGAGUGACCAGUCCAAGAGAGAACCUAUAGAAUUUAGACAGGGACCCUUCACUCCUAAAAAUGGGUAAGUAGUUUGGUUUCCUUCAGAUCUCUGAAACAUUUUAAUACCCUGUUAUUUCCUCGUCAUUGUUUUUUUGUGACUUUUUUGUAGCUUGAACAGAUGUCGAUAUUAUGCUUUUGACAGGGAGAGAUCCAACUCCCCUGUACCCAGCUGUGUGUCCAUGAAGAGUAACCAGUCCAAGAGAGAACCUAUAGAAUUCAGAGAAGGACCUUUUCAAUCUGACCAAAGGUAA